CGGAAUGGGCGCACUCGGGGCAGUAACUCAGAGGGUUUGAGACAAGAGCGUGACAGAGGAGGUAAAAGCCACUGACUUUUAGGGAAUCACACAUUAGUCGCUCAGAGUCACUAGAUAAAAUCUAUUUCUAAUCAGAUUUUUUGCUCCUCAGCUGUUUACGUUCACGUUGCGCUGGAGUGGAAGUCUUCUCAGAGCUCAAGGAUCAGGGAAACUACAGGAAAGGUUUUGGAAGAAGCGCAACAACUGACAGAAUAUUGACACAUUCUUUUUCCAUCUUUAUUCUGGAUCUGACAGUGUGUGGAUGCAGCUCUGACUUCUCUUUUCUGAAGCCAUUCCAGGAUUGGAUUAACUUUUAGAGGAAGAUAACGGUACAGUCGACAGUCGCCAAACAUCCCAAAAAGUGAUGUAAAAUCUUUUUACGGUUUUAUUAAAAACUCCCAAAACUUUUGUCCACAGAACACGCUGUUUGUCUGAAGUCGCUGAAGAAGUUUGAAUGGACACACGAGUCAGUUUGAUAGGUUAACAUUUAUUUUUUGGUUCCGAUGGAACUGUGCGCUCGGGCUGCCAUGACAUAACGGGACACUCGGAAAAACCAUGACCGGAUGAUGUGCGUUCUUCUCUGAGCAGUGUUUCGUUUAGUUGCGCGUUCUGUAGAAAUCAGAAAGUGAAACAAAUAAUUUUUUUUUUAAUGGUUUGUUUUUUGGCUUCCAUUUGCGCCCCGCUGAAAAAUUUGAUGUUAGAGAUAUGGGAUGACUGGCGGCGGGGGAGCAGCUGAGGUGAGAUUCAGCCGAAGGACAAUGAUUGCGCCCGGCCUCGGCAUCCCUCUGCUGCCGGGGCGUCUGGUACUGAUGCUGCUCCUGUUGUCUGCCUCCGAGCCCCGGUUCUCUCAGGCCUGUCCCGGGCUGCUCGCCUCCCACAGCGGCUGCAGCUGCACGGACGACCGCUCCAAAGCGCACAGUGUACAGGCGGUGGGCAGGAGGGUCAGCUGCAGCAAGGAGGAGCUCACCGAGGCCCCGGAUCCAAGUCUUCUGCCCAACAGAACAGUCUCUCUGAUACUGAGCCACAACAAGAUUCGAACUUUGAAAAACGGAUCCUUCUUUGGACUUUCCGCUGUAGAAAAGCUGGACCUCAAACAUAACCUGAUCAGCACCAUCAUACCUGGAGCCUUCCAGGGCUUGUCUGAGCUUCGGAGACUUGACCUCUCCAACAACCGCAUUGGCUGUCUGACUGCAGACAUGUUCCAGGGCUUGACCAAUCUGACCAAACUUAACCUCUCUGGAAACAUCAUAUCCACACUGGAUCCAGGAGUUUUCCAGGAGCUGCCGUCCCUCAAGCUUGUGAACUUUAAUUCGGACUACUUGUCAUGCGACUGUGGUUUGCGUUGGGUCCCAGGCUUCUUACGCAUGGGUUCAGCCAGGUUGGGGGACGAGACCCUCUGUGCCUACCCCAGAAACCUAAGAGGAAAACCUUUACGUGGACUCAGGGAAAGUCAGCUGAGCUGUGAUGGUCCUCUGGAGCUGCACACCCUCUCCCUGCUGCCAUCCCAGCGUCAGGUGGUCUUCAAAGGGGAUCGACUGCCGUUCCAAUGCACUGCGGCCUUGGUGGACAAGAUCACCACCUUGCACUGGCGCCACAACGGCCAGCUGAUAACCUCUGACCCAGAUAUAGGGAUCCAGCUGGAGAACAGUAUGGUCCAUGACUGCACGUUCAUCACCAGUGAGCUUAUUCUAUUCAACGUACAUGUGGAAGCCAGUGGAGAGUGGGAGUGUGUGGUUUCUACAGGACGGGGGAACAAAUCCCGCACUGUGGAAAUAGUGGUGUUGGAGAACAGUGCCUCCUUCUGUCCAGAAGAGAAGGUGGUCAACAACCGAGGGGAGUUUAGGUGGCCAAGAACCUUGGCAGGCAUCACCUCUCAUCAAUACUGCCUGCAGCUGCGUUACCCUUCUCUAUCUGUGGAGGGCGGAAUGGAGCAGAAAAAAGCCUCUCGAUAUUGUGAUCGAUCUGGAAAUUGGCAGGACGGCGAUUACUCCAACUGUCACUACACUAAUGGCAUUACCCGUGUUCUGCAUACAUUUAUUUUGAGGCCCAUCAAUGCAUCCAACGCUGUCACUGUGGCUCAUCAGGUGCGCACCUACACCCUGGAGGCUGCAGGGUUUACUGACUCUGUCGAUGUGCUGUAUGUAGCGCAAAUAAUGGAAAAGUUUAUGGAGUAUGUCAGAAACCUGAGGGAAUUGUCAGAGAUGCUGGUGGAGAUGGGCAGCAACCUGAUGCAGGUAGAUGACCAAAUUCUGGCUUUGGCCCAGCGAGAAAAAAGAGCCUGCAGCUCCAUCGUCCGCUCACUGGAAACUCUGGCCUGGCCGCAGCUACACAUUCACGCUCAGGACUUUUCCAUGGUUUCUAGGAACAUUGUGAUGGAGGCCCAUUUUAUUCGACCAGCCCACUUCACAGGAAUUACAUGCACUGCAUAUCAGCGCCGUGAGGUCUCAGCAGGAGGGGCAGCAAAAGAAACAUCCAGUUCUGUUCAUGAACAACAGCUCCGGUUCCGCUGUAGCACCGGCUCCCACAACACUUCGCUGAACAAUUUUAUGCUGAAGAAUUCAGUAGCCUUGGCAUCUGUUACCCUUCCACCUACUCUGUUUCCUCCUGAUGCCACAACAGACUGUAAGCUUCAGUUUGUAGCCUUCAGGACUGGAAGCUUUUUCCCUGUGUCAGGAAACUCCAGUAACGCAGGGGAACAUUUACGCAGACGUGUCAACACGCCCGUCGUAUUUGUCGGCUUAGAUGGUUGCAGCAAGUGGAACCGCUCAGAGCCUGUCUGGGUGUCACUGCGUCACUUGUCUCCCGGUACUGAUGCUGUAGCAGCGCAGUGGAGUGGAGAGAAGCCGGGAGGGUGGAGUCAGGAAGGCUGUCAGCUGGUCCACAGUGACAGCAGCACAUCCACCAUGCACUGCUCAGUUCUCGGCAAUUAUGCAGUUCUGCAGGAGGUCCCUGACUUUCCCAACUCCCUGCCCAUUUCUGCAAGCGUGCUCCACCCUGUGGUCUAUGCUUGCACUGCAGUUUUGCUUCUGUGCCUCUUCACCAUCAUCAUCACACACAUACUACACCACAGCUCUAUUCACAUAUCACGAAAAAGCUGGCACACGUUACUAAACACCUGUUUCCACAUCGCGAUGACCACAGCCAUCUACGCAGGAGGCAUCAGUCUGACCAGUUACCCUGUGGUUUGUCAGGCAGUGGGCAUCUCUCUGCACUACUCAUCUCUGUCAACUCUGCUGUGGAUCGGGGUCAGCGCUCGGGUCAUUUAUAAAGAAGCUGGGUGGAGAUCACCCCGGCAGCUGGAUGGAGAGUCUCCCGCUCCACCCGCUCAGCGCCCCAUGCUCAGGUUCUACUUGAUAGCUGGUGGAGUCCCUCUCAUUAUAUGUGGAAUCACUGCAGCCGUCAACGUCAACAACUACGGAGACAACAGCCCUUACUGCUGGCUGGUGUGGCGCCCCAGUCUUGGUUCCUUCUUUGUUCCUGCCGGCCUUGUGUUGUUGGUGACCUGGAUCUACUUCCUGUGCACUGUGUUUCGCCUGAGGCACCGUAUGGCCAAAGAAUGUACAGGAACUACCCUGUCCUCUCCUGUGACUGAGAGCCAGCCGGCAUUAGCAGGAAGCACCAGCCUACUCUCCACGGACUCAGUGGUUGGACCCCUGAACACCGCUGUGGCCCCUGAGGAUCAGUACUCACUGAAAACGCAGUUCUUGGUCCUGGUGUCCACUCACUUUCUGUUUGUAGUUUUGUGGUGUUGCGGGGCUAUGGCAAUAUAUUUGACGUGGCACCCUGGUUUAUUGUUCAGCUGUCUCUAUGGGCUGGCGGCCACAGUUUUGGGGAUGUUCCUGGUGGUGCAUCACUGCUUUAGACGGAAGGAUGUGCAGGCGACCUGGUUGGCUUGUUGUCCAAGCUACCGCCGUUCCCAUCCUAUGUCCACUUACACACACACGGGCAGUGGAGUGCAAACGUCUGAGCAAGGAUCCCAUCUUUUUAUUAACUGUCAUCCACCUGCUGAAUCUCAUAACUCCUCCUCAGCACGGUCAUCAUCCACACCCAGUGGCAUCAGCAGUGUGGGCCCUGGGCCCUGCAAGCUCACCAACCUGCUGCAGGUAACACAGGAUGUUCCAAAUAACCAUUCAUCGUCCCGCGCCCCCGCAGCCAACAACACCAGCACCAGUACUGACAACAUCACCAAGCCAGCCAACAAUAUUUCACCUGCCAAUAACACUGCAGCUCCAGUGCAUCCGCAGAGAAGGAAGAUUAGUAGCAGAACUAAACCAGGGAGCAGUCAGUAUCACCACCGGAGUGAGGGAAGGGGGCACUAUCGUCUGAAAACUCUAAGGACUGCGGCAGGUGGGGGUAGCCUUGGCGCUUUAGGACCCACAGGUUUAGAUCACCUCAGUUCUUCACAUGGAGUGUACAAACAGGCCACCAGUGAGAACGGCAGCAUUCACCACAGCCUCUCGGAAAACCAGGCCAGCCCUCUGACAAAUGGCAAGAGGGUGGAGGGAGAGUCUUUGGCCACCAGCCCCUCAGAGGGAAGCGACGGGGGCAGCAGUGGGAGCCGCAAACCUUUCCCCCUGCUGCCAUCCAUGGCCAGCAGGGCGGCCAUGCACAGUGCUCAGAGACGGUGUGCCAGCAGAGACAAUUUAAAACUGGCUGCCACUGCGGAGCGGGACACUAAACGCUGCUCUUAUCCCUUGAACAGCACCACGACCCCGGUGCCCGGAGCUGCCGCUGCUCCAAACGGCACCUUAAAAAAGUCAGUCUUGGACCUGGAGCAGGACAUGAGUGGCACUGACCAAUCCCAGGGCUCGGUGGGUAUGAGGAGUGGUUUGUGGAAAAGUGAAACUACCGUUUAGAAACCUGUACUUACAGCAUAUGUGAACAUCUAUGCAUGACCGUAAUGAACUGUUCAAAUGAUCAGGUUAUGUAUUAAUGGUCUCUUAAUUAUAAUAAUUAUAUAAUUUAAAAUGUAAAAUUAUAAAGGCAUCCAGGACCCUAAACUGGUACUUUUGCCUUUGCAGCGUUGCAAGAAUUUUCUGUGAUUUGUGAUUUUUUGAAAAGAAACUCUUUUCUUUUUCUUGUCAUUUCAAACAUCACAUAUUAAAUUUAUCAGUUUCAAAACUGUUAAAGAAUUCCUUCUAAAUCGGCAUGUAAUGUCAUUUUUGGAUGUCAAAUGAAAGCUUAAUGUUUUAGAUGUGAUUGUUUUUCUAUGCAUAUCAACUAUAGCAUGAAAUAGGAUGCAAAACUAAGUGAAUUUCCAACAUUCAGCUUAAUGCAUUUAGUCUGUGGAGACAUCAUUCACCCUUUUGUUUGCUUCAAGUAAUUUUGGUUGCUCAUGUAUGCACUUGUGUGUGUGUGUUUGUGUGUGUGUGUGUGAGUGUGUCUGUUGCACAGUGUGUGUAUGUGUGUGUGUGUGUGCAUGCAGACACUGUGGAAUAAAUAAAUAAGUUGUGGCUGUACAGAAUUUCCAAGUGAAUUAAAAAGCUAUGCAAGAGUUUUAAAA